ACAACAACUAACAAAAAUUUAAUUUUCUAAAGUUUUGAAUAUUGAUUUGAACAGAAUACGAGCCCAUGACCCUCCGCACGAUAUUAUUGCGCUACUAACCGCUCCUCUACUGCGGAAGUGUCAUUAUGGACACGUAUUUAAUUGCGUAACCCACGGUUACCAAACAAAAAAGCCACAACAUUUGCCUUUCUGUCUUCAUUAUCUAUUGCGUACGAGGGAAGUAGGCAAUAUUUUGCUAUUGAAUUCAAAGUUGUUGAGGAAAGGAAAACCAAUCAACUCUAAGCAGUGGAAAAUUCAAAAUAUUCACAAGAAAAAAAAUAUCUUCAUAAUCCAAAUAAUAAUUCUAAAAUCAAAAUGAAGCAUCAACAAGUUGUUGUUGACUAUUGGAACAUGAUAAAAACGUCGUUUACUUGUUUAUUGUUAGCCUUUUCUGGUUAUAUACUAAUCAAAAUGGUGCAAACUAUAUUUUGGUUGCCGAGUUAUUUGCAAAAGAAUCAAAAACGUUUAGAAGAAUUAGCCGCGCAAUACUCUUUAGACCUAGAUGGUGAUAAAAGUGUUGCUGACGAGUUAAAAGCGCAGUUAGACGAAGCUGUAGAAGGGAAACAACCAUUAUUGGCUGAGAAGAGCGAAGAAGAUAAGAUAUACAGCGCAGAUACAAAGCCGAAAGUGGAGGCGGAGCCUAAAAAACAAAAAUAAAUGCUUU